GAUCCACGGACGGCCCGGGUCUGUUUCGUAUUGCACAGGAGGGCUGGGGCCGCGCUGAGCUACCUGUCUGGGCGCGCUGGAGGGGGCCUAGUGGCCAGAGCGCACCAUGCCGCGGGAGCUGGUCACGCUGCAAGUGGGGCAAUGCGGCAACCAGGUGGGCGCCGAGUUCUGGCGCAAGCUGUGCAGCGAGCACGGCAUCAACAAUGAUGGGAUCGUGGAGGAGUAUGCGGCACAGAGCGGCGACCGCAAGGACGUUUUCUUCUACCAGGCCGACGACGAGCGCUACAUCCCGCGCGCCUGCCUCAUAGACCUGGAGCCGCGCGUCAUCAACGGCAUCCAGAACUCCGACAUCCGCAACCUGUUCAACCCGGAAAACAUCUUCCUGUCAGACCACGGCGGCGGCGCAGGCAACAACUGGGCCAGCGGGUACAGCCAGGGGGAGGGGGUGCAGGAGGACAUACUGGACAUGAUUGACCGCGAGCUGGGGUACAGCGACAGCCUGGAGGGCUUCACCCUCUGCCACUCCAUUGCCGGCGGCACCGGGUCGGGCAUGGGAUCCUGGCUGCUGGAGGCGCUGAACGAUCGCUACCCCAAGAAGCUGGUGCAGACGUACAGCGUGUUCCCCAACCAGAGCGAGUCCAGCGAUGUGGUGGUGCAGCCCUACAACUCCCUGCUCACCCUGAAGCGCCUCACGCUCAACGCAGACGCGGUGGUGGUGCUGGACAACACGGCGCUCAACCGCAUCGCCACCGAGCGGCUACACAUCGCCAACCCCACCUUUGCCCAGGUCAACUCCCUGGUGUCCACAGUGAUGGCGGCUUCCACCGCAACCCUGCGGUACCCAGGCUACAUGAACAACGACCUGGUGGGCCUGCUGGCCUCCCUCAUCCCCAUCCCCCAGUGCCACUUCCUCAUGUCCGGCUACACCCCGCUCACCCUCGACGCCGCCGACGACCGCGGCCACGGCGCCUCCUCCGCGGUCGCCUCCAUCGUGCGCAAGACCACGGUGCUGGAUGUGAUGCGCCGCCUGCUGCAGCCCAAGAACCUGAUGGUCAGCGCGGGGGCGCGGGCCAAGGAGUACGACAAGUCCCGCUACAUCUCCAUCCUCAACAUCAUCCAGGGCGAUGUGGACCCCACGCAGCUGCACCAGAGCCUAAUGCGCAUCCGGGAGCGCAAGCUGGCAAACUUCAUCGACUGGGGGCCCGCAUCCAUUCAGGCGUGUUGGCUUGUGGCGCUGUCCCGCAAGUCCCCAUUUGUCAAGUCUGCUCACCGCGUGAGCGGGCUGAUGCUGGCCAACCACACCUCCAUCCGCCACCUCUUCAACCGCACCCUCAGCCAGUUUGACAAGCUGUUCAAGCGCAACGCCUUUGUGGAGAACUACAAGGAGUACCCCAUGUUCCACCGCAUGGUGGGCUCCAAGCUGGAGGCGGACCUGGAGGAGUUUGAGGAUGCGCGGGAGGUGGUGGCCGCGCUGAGCGAGGAGUAUGCGGCGGCAGAGUCCAGCGACUAUAUUGACCGCGCGGAUGGCAGCACGGCAGACAUCUCCACACAGAUGGCCUCCCAGCUCAACUUGGGCGGCGCUGCAGAUGCGCGGGCGCCCAUCCGGGCGUGACCCGCCCUGCUGCCCCCUGCUUCCCGCUGCCCCCUCGCUCCGCUCCGUCUGUUUUACAUGCCUAUUUCCUGAACUUAUGAGCUCGCUCCCCGCACCCAUCCGACCGGGAUGGGUGCGCAUCUCGAUCGCAGCGGCCUUGCCGCAACGCAACUCAAAUCAAAUGAUCGACAACACCGAUCAUAAAGAAGUGUAACAAAGCCCG